UCCUCCUAGAUACCCAAUACCGGUAUAAUUGCUGGGAGUAAGUUAAAGUGACAAGUUGUAGUUAUAAAGUCUCCAUAUCAAAGGGCAAUAUGAUCAAAGAUUAUGCCCAACCAAAAGACAGAUUCUCAUAAUUGUUUCUUUCCCUUUAGUUUUGGUAUCUUCUUCCUUCUUUUGUUAAUCUCCAUUACAGUUGCAAACUUCAAAGGGUCAUUUUCGAAACCGUAGUCCUAGCUUUGUCGCUGUUUACAUAUGGAUAAACCACCGUCAUUGUAUUACUUCUUCAGGGUUUGUGGCCUUCUGUAUAUCUCACAUAUUCCUGUUUCGAGAUGAAUUCUCUUCUUUUGUUAGUUUUGAAGUAGAAGUCUCUUUAGCUCUUUAGACAUAAAGGGAAGACGUAAGCAUCUUCUCUUGUAAUGAUUAUGAAUGGCCGGAAUCUUUGCCUUUGCCCGAGAAUUCAUGUGGAUUCAAGAUUCAAAUACCCGAAGCACCAAGAAAAUCCAGCAAUCAAUCAUGAAGGCAUCCACCAUCGCCAUCAUAUUCUUCUUCUUCUCAGCCUUCCUAGCUGUCUCAAUGGCUCAGCCUUCGAGCCCCGAGGAAACUUGCAUAAGAAGAAACCUGGGGCGAGGGCUAGCCCCGGGACCCGCAGGCGACUUCAGGAGGUUCAAGAACGGGUUUCCAGUGGACGCGCUCUGCGGCGACGUGGCACGAGCCUUGUGGUACUUCGUGAGGUUGAAUGGGAAGUUCCCUCCUCACUAUGUGAAGGCAAUGUGCAAUGUCUUUGGAGGUGAUGAUGGGAAGGUGAAGGCUUAUGUUGAGAAGAGAUGGUUGGGGCAUGUUGAGUUACUCCAUGGGUUUUCUUGUGCUUCUUCUCUUUGAGGAAAUCUUGUGGUUAUGUGUUUGAUCUUUUCUAUUGAAGAAGAAUGAAGAUGAAAGGUGACUUUGUGUGUUAGCAGGCAUGAUAAAAAAAAAAAAGAUGUUUUUCUA